CAAACUCAGAAUGGGGCUGACUCCGAUUUCCUCCCGCAAAAGGUAAAACUCAUCACACGUCUGUUUAAGCACAUGCAUGGUUUCCGGGUGGCUGCUGCUUGUGUCAACUUGCAGGCAGCCAUUAUGCAUCAAUCGCAUCGGCAACCACACGGUGCUGCCAAAGUUCAUUCACAACACUGUAUUUGAAACAGUAACUCUUCUCCGGCACAAUACAACAAUAACAUGCCCGACAUCGAAGACAUCAACACCAUCAUCAAGCGCUCCGUCUGCAACGGUCGUGAAUUUGUCACGCGCUCAGAUGGCACCUCCUGGACACGAAAGCUUGAUCGCGCCACCAACCAACUGGUUAGCGACUGGACACCGGUCGAACAACCCCCGGCUGAUACAGAACCAUCACAAUCUGAGCAGCGACAACAGCAGCAACGCCUGGCCGCGCGAUACCUAUCUAUCGUAGCCGAGCACCAGGCCCCAAACGAGCCCAAGCACUGGUCCCUCUUUACUCACAUCCUGCCCGCCAACUCCACCACCGACACCGCGCGCGGCCAAGUCUGGCAGGUCAAGGGCGACGCAGAGCUGAUGCAUCACGAUUACGCCGCAGACGUCGACCAGCUCAACUCGCCCGACUUUGCGUGGCAUCAGGUCCUGAGGGACGACCUGAGCGAGGAAGAGUUUCGGAGGGUGGACGAGAUUGCACGGGCCGAGAGCCCGCCGCGGGCGGUCAAUCGUGCUGCCGUGAGGGAGCAUUGCCAGGGGUGGGUUGUGAGGGUUGUGAAGCAGUUGGUAAAGGAAGGGAUUGUCAAAGAAGGGAUUGUGGCCGGGUUGGAAGCCGUAAUGGAUCCUAUUGUUAGGUAAUGCAACAAUGAACGGAAGAGGAGGGAAGGGAGACGGAAGUGCGUGGAUGGAUAGUUCAUUCUGUUUGACUUUGUUUCUUGUUUGUCUCUAAGCGAGGGUCCAUUAAAAGAGCAUGGUGUUGAAUAAUAACCUUUAAUUGAGUAAGGUUGACUUGUUGAAGGUUAUACAAGUUUUAUGAAUGCUUCACCCACAGCCCUGAGCCCUCGAGUCGUCUUGUCAGGAUUGGGGCAUUUCAAGCGGGGGAAUCCUCUGGUGUGAGCCAAGCUGCCCGACAAGUCUAAACUGUAACUAACGAUUCUCUCCUGACUUCCAUUGACAAAAGAGC